CGAUAGAAAUAAUAAUAUUGAUUUUCAACUUCCAAUGUCUUCAAAUCUGCAAGAAAAUAAUAAUAAUAUCUCAGACGAAAAACACGAAGAAAUAAUGGAAAUAGAGGCGAUAGAAGACACCUCUCGUGAUUAUAACAGUAAUGAUGAUUGUGAUGCUACAACAUCUAGUCAGGAGUUGCAAUCAAAGUCAGAUUCAUUUAUGAGUCAAAAUUCAAAUGUGUCUAACUUUGAAACAGAUUUUUUAACAGCAAAACGGACACCAAAAAUUAAUAUUAUGACGCCAGAAUUAGCUGCUGCACUGGAUCGUGGUAAUGUAAGUAGCCGAAGCGCCACAUAUGUUUUGGCAGCUACUUUAAAAAGUGUGGGAUUCGAUACUCGGAAUGUAAAUUUGAGUUAUAAAACUAUUCAACGACAGCGUAUAAUUCAUCGGAAAGAAAUUGCUAAAGGCUUAAAAGAAGACUUAAAAUUCAAUGACAAUUAUGUGGUCCAUUGGGAUGGUAAACUGCUAAGUGAUAUUGUUGGGACAGAAACAGUAGAUAGGCUUCCGGUGCUUUUAACAUCGUCUGGCAGUGAACAGCUAUUGGGUAUUCCAAAAAUUAAUUCAGGAUCUGGGAUUGAGCAAGCUUUAGCUGUAUACUCAACUAUGGAGCAAUGGGGUGUCAGUAAUUACAUAAAAGCGAUAUGCUUUGAUACUGCAGCAACCAAUACGGGAAUUCAUCAUGGCGCUGGCGUAGAGCUUGAGAAAAUUCUGAAACGAAAGCUUAUAUGGUUACCCUGUCGUCAUCAUGUAAUUGAACUUGUCAUAAAAGGCGUUUUUGAAGCUUACUGGCCAGUACAAUCAGGUCCGAACGUUCCAUUUUUUAAUCGAUUUAAAAUCGGUUGGAAUAAAAUCAACACAUCCAAAUAUAACGCUGGCAUCAACGAUAAGAUAGUGGCUAAUAUACUAUUAAACAAAAAAGAUGAACUAUUAAGUUUUAUCGAUAAUUAUUCGCAGAAAUUUCUUCCAAGAAAUGACUAUCGAGAAUUUUUGGAGUUAUCAUCUAUUUUCUUGGGAGCUACGCCAAAGGAUAAUUACACUUUUAAAUGUCCGGGAGCAAUGAGUCAUGCUCGUUGGAUGUCGAAGGCGAUUUAUUGUUUGAAAAUAUUUAUUUUUCGAACAGAGUUUAAGAUUACACCUAAAGAGUUAAAUAAUCUUCGUCAUAUUUGUAUUUUCAUAGUUACAACUUAUAUAAAAGCUUGGUUUACUUCAUCCUCGGCAAUUUUGGCUCCAAAUAAUGAUUUGACUUUGAUGCAACAAUUGAUAUUAUAUAACAAAAUAAACUCGACUGUAUCGCAAGCUGCUCUCAAAAGAAAAUGGUGA